GUAAUGUACUCACUUAACUACUUUUGCUAGCAGCUGGUUCUUGGCAUUUACAGUCCCACAACAAGUUCCAGUUAGCUGCUGCCUUAUACCUCACCUCACCGGAGAAAAUGGUCACCGUCGAGGAAGUCAGGAAGAUUCAGCGCGCUCAGGGUCCGGCCACCGUCAUGGCGAUCGGGACUGCCACUCCUCCCAACUGCGUUGAUCAGAGCACGUACCCGGAUUACUAUUUUCGUAUCACACAGAGCGAGCACAAGACCGAGCUCAAAGAAAAAUUUCAGCGCAUGUGUGACAAGUCAAAUAUCAAGAAGCGUUACAUGUACCUAACUGAAGAAAUUUUGAAAGAAAAUCCAAAUGUCUGCGCUUACAUGGAACGCUCAUUGGAUGCUAGGCAAGACAUGGUGGUGGUCGAAGUCCCAAAGCUCGGCAAAGAGGCGGCCCAAAAGGCCAUCAAGGAAUGGGGCCAGCCCAAGUCCAAGAUCACCCACCUAGUCUUCUGCACCACCAGCGGCGUCGACAUGCCCGGCGCCGACUACCAGCUCACCAAGCUCCUCGGCCUCCGCCCCUCCGUCAAACGCCUCAUGAUGUACCAACAGGGCUGCUUCGCCGGCGGCACUGUGCUCCGCCUCGCCAAGGACCUGGCUGAGAACAACAAAGGAGCUCGUGUGCUUGUUGUGUGCUCAGAGAUCACUGCUGUGACUUUCCGUGGGCCCAGCGACACCCACCUCGACAGCCUCGUGGGCCAGGCCUUGUUCGGCGAUGGGGCUGCCGCGAUUAUUGUUGGGUCGGACCCAAUCCCUGAGGUUGAAAAACCAUUAUUUGAGUUGGUCUCCGCGGCCCAAACUAUUCUACCGGACAGCGAUGGUGCCAUCGAUGGACAUCUCCGCGAGGUGGGACUGACCUUCCACUUGUUGAAGGAUGUUCCGGGGCUCAUUUCCAAGAACAUUGAGAAGAGCUUGGUGGAGGCAUUCCAGCCCUUGGAUAUUUCAGAUUGGAACUCUAUUUUCUGGAUCGCUCACCCCGGUGGGCCGGCCAUUUUGGACCAGGUGGAAUUGAAGCUGGCCCUAAAGCCCGAUAAGCUACGGGCCACGAGGCACGUGUUGAGCGAGUAUGGCAACAUGUCAAGCGCGUGUGUGCUGUUUAUACUGGAUGAGAUGAGGAAGAAGUCGGCUGAGGAAGGGCUCAAGACCACCGGUGAAGGGCUGGAGUGGGGCGUGCUGUUUGGGUUCGGACCGGGGCUCACCGUCGAGACAGUGGUUCUCCACAGCCUGUCUACUUAGAGAGGCCCAUUGUGGAGUUUUAAAAAAAAAAAAUAUUUGCAUUGUUUUAUCUUUAGUGUGCGAAAAGUCUAUAAUGUUGGGUGCAGUUAUUGUGUUUUGCUGGGUUCCACUUUGUUGACUGAAUUCAGAUUGAGAUGGAACUGCAACUUUGUUUUAAUAAAAGUGUUUUAUAAUGUCAAAAUGAUAGAUUUUAUUUUUA